UCCGGUCACUGCCUUCGAGUAUUGCCAAAUGCCAGCUAAACACUUUCUAGCUUAAAUUACCUUGUUGGCAUAGGAUAAUCGAGCAGUGAAAAAAAUGUCUGACGAUUCUGCUUGUCUGUUUAAAGUCGUAGGUGGUGCCGCUGUGGUUGGUAUUGGCUUGUUAGUUAUUUUACUACCUAUGAGUUUCCAUGGAUUAAAUUAUUAUGAGAUGGGAUUUAAGAGGCAGAAAAGUACAGGAACUGUAAAGUUGGACCAUACUUAUGAGAGUGGACUGCACUUGAUUGGACCUGACUUUGAGUUUAAAGUUUUCCCAGCAGACAGCCAUGACGUUAACUUGUACAAUAUUAAAGCCUUCACUUCUGAUAAACUAGAGGUCAAGGUUUCAGUAUCAUUUCAGUAUUUCUUGCGUCCUUAUGAAUUAGCAGAUCUCCACAAUAAAUUCAACAUGGAUUAUGAAGACGUAGUGAGAUCGAAAGCUAUAGAUGCUUUAAAGGGUGCCAUUCCUGUGUACAAUACCAGAGAGGUUGUCAAGAAAAGAAGAGAAAUAGAAGAGGUUAUUUACAAGGCUGUUAGAGAAAGACUAGGAGGAAUUUGUUGUGCACCUCAAGAAUAUUGUAAAUCAUGGAAAUUUGCCUGUCCUAUAAACUGUAAAAGUAGGGACAUCUGUAACGAUGAUGAUAAAGGUGUCUAUGUUGAUGUGAAGUUUUUCCAACUUGGUAGCAUCAGAAUUCCUCAUACUGUGGAAGAAAGAUUUCUCCGUCAGCUUGUUCUUCAAGAGGAAACAGAUAGAGAGAAGUUACUGCAGGGUGCUCAGAUUGUAAGAAAGCAGACUGACUUUGAGGUUAGGGUAAUAAAGAAUAAAGCUUUGGAGCUGAGUGAGGAAGCAGAAGCUACGUCUAGACUUUUACAUGUAACAGCUGCUGCUAACUAUACUUCAGAGGUUGAAGGAGCUAGAAGUAUUGGCCUUACCAAACUGUACAACAAUCUAGGAAUAACCAAGCAAGAACAUAAGAACAGCUUCGACUAUUUACGUACUCUUCGAGGAAUGGAUAAUAUAUGGCUGACUGUUGACUAUCAACAAAGAAUUAUGGGAAAUUUAGGUUCUAGAUAAGUUUCUAGGAAAUUUGUUUUUUUGAAUUGUUACGAAUUUUUUUACAGCUGGUCUACCUUUCUUUAAUGACACAAAAAACUUUUAUAUUCAUGAAAUUUUAAUUUGUGGUUUGUGUGUCAGUUUUUCCGUUUUUCUAAUACUUGGGUAUAGUAUGUGAUUUCAGAUAUCAACAUUUUUUUCUUACAAAACAAGGUCAAAUUGAUUCGUGAAACGUUUUGUAGAAAUUUGUUCUACUUUAAUGUAUUAUCACUAUUAAUUGGAAUUAUUUCCAAGGCCCAAAAGACUUAAUUUUCAAUUUUAAACAACUGUUAUAUUACUAAAUUCAAACAUUCAAGAUUUUGGACCUCCAUAAUUGUCACUAACAUAAUUGGAAUUAUUUCAAAGUUCAAAAAAUCUUCAUUUUCAAUCUUACUCAACUGUCAAGAUUUUAGACCUACAUACUUUUCCGUAAAUAAUGUGUGUAGGACAUUAUCCUUGUAAGAAAUAAAUUCAUUAUUCAUGAUUAAUCACAAAAUGUUUAACUAAAUACUGAAGUUCUUUCAUUGUACAAAACGUGCUACAGUAAAAAGUGAUAUUUUUUCCAAUCGUGUCAUGUUAUGACAUAAGCAGGUCAUUCUACCAAGAUGUG